CGUGGAUAGGAGGGUGCGAGCUGUCUGAGUCCGUAUUUUGGACGGAACGAUAAGUAGCAACGGACGGGAAGCAGAGUCAAUCUGAUGUAGGAAACAUGGCAGGAAUGUUUAAGAAUGUUACAGAUAUAUUCAACGACUACGCGCUGUUUUAGCUGCCCAGAGUUAGCUCAGUUAGCUUAGUUAGCCUAGUUAGCUAGUGAAGGUUAUUGGUAUUUCAGGUUGCGCUUCCUCCACGAGUUCAGGUCGAAUCUCCUUCUCUCCUGUUUACCUGAAGUGUGGAAUAUGUGUGAGGAUGAGCCAGAGAGACACACUGGUUCAUCUGUUUGCUGGAGGAUGUGGAGGUACGGUGGGAGCCAUUCUGACGUGUCCUUUGGAGGUGGUGAAGACCAGGCUGCAGUCCUCCUCCAUAACGUUCUACAUCUCCAGCGUUCACCUCAGCGCAGUGAACGGAGCCAGCGUGACCCGCGUGGCCGCGCCCGGACCCCUGCACUGCCUCAAGUUAAUUCUGGAGAAAGAAGGCCCCCGCUCUUUGUUUCGCGGUCUGGGCCCCAAUCUAGUAGGCGUGGCCCCCUCAAGGGCGAUUUACUUCGCGGCGUACUCCACCAGUAAGGAGCGAAUGAACCGGCUGCUGGAGCCCGACUCCACCUGGGUGCACAUGGUGUCUGCUGGCAUGGCAGGAUUUACGGCCAUCACGGCAACAAAUCCGAUCUGGCUGAUCAAGACCCGUCUUCAACUGGACGCCAGAAACCGCGGCGAGCGGCGCAUGAGCGCUCUGGAGUGUAUCCGGCGCGUGUACCAGACGGACGGCCUGCGAGGGUUUUACCGCGGCAUGUCCGCGUCCUACGCCGGGAUCUCGGAGACGGUGAUCCACUUCGUGAUCUACGAGAGCAUCAAACGCCGCGUGCUGGAGACCAGAGCCGCCGCACGCAUGGACCAAGACGGCGACACGACGCGAGACGCGUCGGACUUCGUGUGCAUGAUGCUGGCAGCCGCGACCUCCAAAACCUGCGCCACCUGUAUAGCGUACCCCCACGAGGUGAUUCGGACCCGGCUGAGGGAGGAAGGCACCAAGUACCGCUCGUUCCUGCAGACGGUCAGCAUGGUGGUCAGGGAGGAGGGGUGUAAAGCGCUGUACCGCGGCCUCACCACCCACCUGGUGCGGCAGAUCCCCAACACGGCCAUCAUGAUGGCCACCUACGAGCUCGCCGUCUACCUGCUCGAGCGCUGACGUGUGAACUCCGUGCCCGGGGACUCUCGGGAACUCUCGGGAGAGCUGCCGCUCCUCGUGUGGUUUACGUCCAGAGACUCGUACGUGCACGCGUGCAAACCUGAACUGAGAGGAGAGGAAAGAGACGCGGCGGACUGGAAACCGACCGAGGAGCGUGCGUGUGGAAGAGAAUCGUUGGUUUCCCCAAAAACAGGAUUCUUUUGUAUUUUUGUAUCAUGAUUCUCCUCCUUAUUUCUCUGUGCCUUGUAUAAAUGCUUCCUGACGUGGAUUUGUAGGAUUUAAUAUUCUAGCAGACGCCUAAAUACAGAAGGAAGUCGUAUUUACUCACCCUAAACCUUGUUUUGCAACCAAAAAAAUCACCACAGUGAAUAUUUUGGUGCCCCGAGGUGGCAUGAUGGAGGAGUUUGUACUGUGUGUGUACAAGGUGAGACCGUGAGAGCGCAUUAAAAGCGUAGGCGUACGGAAGGGUGUUUUGAUAGGGUGUGUACGUGUAUAUAUUUGUAUGUUUUUUAGAGGGGCGCUUGAUUAAAUGUGAACACUGACUUCCGUUUUAAAGGAUUCCGCCAGCGUUUUUCAACCCGAUCUCAAUCCGCCGCCUCGAAUGCUCCAUGUGUGUGAUGGCCACGGAUGUAAACCAUGACAUCGUAAAAUCUAUAAUGUUUUUCGCACAGAGGUUUGAAGUGGGCGUGGUAAUGCUGGGAAAGGGAGACUUAUGACAGACCUGGCUCACCAUUAAGGUGUGAUUUAGUGUCUAAGCUAUGGCUGUUUAGCCAGUUUUGCCAGCAUUUUCAAUGCACUUUAACUUUUCUUUACAUUAGGACAAUCUACCUUGUGUGCCAACAGUAAAAAGCACAAAAUAAGCAUAAAACAAUCCAGCGGAAAAAUCUCAUAUCUAGCAUUUACAUUUUCGGCAUUUAGCAGACGCUUUUAUCCAAAGCGACGUACACUAUUGUAACAGUAUAUUGUCUAAGCAAUUGAGGGUCCUUGCUCAAGGGCCCAACAGUGGCAACUUGGCAGUGGUGGGGCUUGAACCAGUAACCCUUGGAUUACUAGUGCAGUACCUUAACCACUAGGCUACAACUGUCCUAUUCUAGCAAUGCUCAUAGUUCCAGUUUAAACUGGACAGCCACUUUAUCAGCUUGGAGAUAGAACUCGGCCAGAAAAGAGUCUAUCGAGGGCGUUCGGGCGGCACGGCGGUAAAACCACCUCAGCUUUGAAUCUCGGCUCUGCUAUCAGCCGGCCGGGCGCCUUCGCCUACACAGACAGACGAUUGGCUAAAACGGGGCUUCUUGCUGACCGCUUGAGGCAUCUGCACAGUGAAAUACGGGUGGAAAAAGCUUCGGUCCUCUGUACUUGUAACUCAAAUUGGCCAUGACUGGACUGGUUAAUAAUACUGGAUUUGGUAUGGAAUCAAUAAUCCUAUAUUAGUGUGUCUCAAAUGUAUGCCCCCCACAAAUGCCAUCCAUGAAGGCUUGGAUGUUUCUCCAAGCUCCAGGUUCUCAGUACGGGACACCGUGUGAAAGCCGUCGUUUGUAUUAAUUGCACUUUCUCGACAGAUGCAGUGGAUUGAGGUUAGGUUGAAAAUAAACGCGCUGGUCCUUACAGUAGCACGUGAAUGUACGAGAAAAUGUGACGGACGACGGAGUUGUUGAAUGUCGGUUCACAGUUGUUUGGAUUUCAGAUUUUGGAGCAGUAUAUGCACGUGUACGUAUUUCUACGUGUUUCAGAGUGGGUAUAUGUAUCGCUGAUGAAACAGGAAUCAGGUGUCAUGAUGGCGCAAAAUUAAGUGUCUACGUUUAUUACAAAUCAGCCAAAACUCGUUGAGGCUGACGGAGCUUAUAGCUGUCAGUUUAUCAUUUCUGUUUAUCCCUGGCUUGUAUUAUUACUGUAUCUGAAUCUGAUCUGUAUUGUAGUCUAACGCCGCCACCAGCCAAUCGUCUUCAGCGCAUCGAGUCACAUGAUACUUGCUACGCUUCUACAAACUAAAGGUGCGCUUGAACUGUUCUUCCUAUGUUACACAGAGCACCCUGUCCUAAAAUCAUUUGUCCAUACAGCCACUAACUCCAGUACUGACCCUGAAGUUCUGAUACACUACUGUAUAUGGCCAGAAGUAUUCGGACACCUGACCAUGAGCUUGUGGUAUUGGUAAUGGUAUUAAAACCCAGCGAGCUCUGUGGGAUCUUUUUAGCUGGAACAUCAGCCGCUCUUCUGAGAAGACUGCUCAAAAGACUUUGAAGUAUGUCUAUAGGAAUUUGUGCCCAUUUAGUCAAGAGUGCUUGUAAUGCUGGGCACUGAUGAUGGUCAAGGAAGUUCAUUCCAAAGCUGUUUUCAAUCAACUGCUCGUCUUCCUGGUAGCUCUUAGAUUCUAUAUUUAUCAGCUACAUUAACUUUAUACCUUCAGUGCCAAACUAAAGCAAAACUUUUGACACCAAAUGUUAUGGCUGGUUUACUACCAUUCUUUCAGAAAAUCCUACAUAUAUUUAUGGCUGUUUUAAAUAUUCAGAUAAAGGUGACACUGAUUUCAUACUGAAGUCUAUCAAAGACAAAAAAAAAACAUUUAGUUGCUACAAGGCAAAAAAAAUGUGUUUAUUUAAGUGUUUGUUCCUUUUUCUGUCCUGACGUGUCUUUAAAUGAUCCAGUGUUCUGGAUACAGUAUUGUGCUCACUUGUACAUCAAUGACCAGGUCUGUUUAUUAUUUAAUGGCUGACGGAAACUCAAUAAAGAAACACAAGCAUCA